GAUUGCUCUACUUGCAGGAUCCGCUGAUUGUGCUGUUUCAGUCACACAUAUUCAUCCCCUAAAGAAGACGUAAUGGGCAGUCAAUCCCGAAAUCCUUCUGCAAAGAGCAUUCCACAAGAAGGAAAGGAGAAUGAAAGCAGCCUCAUCCAUGCAGAUGUGAAGCAGAUGCUGGAGGGAACAGAGUGUCACUUCACGUGGAAACCGUUUCAACAUGGACGCAUUCUCUCCACAUGCAAUUUCCUGGCCAAAUUUAAUGAUAAGAAAAUCAUUCAUCAGCAGGAUAAUGAGCAGUUUCUAAUGGUGACUUACGACCAUCUUCUCGCCUACGAACACGGUCGACAAGGGGAUCUCAGCAAAGCAAGAGAUAUUCUGCAAAGGGUCCAGAUGGAAAUUCCUAAUAUGGAUGGAGCCACUCCCGAAGAAAAAGAAGCACUGCAAUAUCUCACAAAUUGUAACCUUGCCAAUGUGAAUUUUCUCACAGGGGAACCAGACACUACAAGAGAAGGCCUUCUUAAAACUAAAAAGUAUUCUGAGUCACCAGAGAGAGUGAAAGCUCAAAUUCUCUGUGCCAAAGCUGCAGCUUACUCCGAAUAUUCCAAAGAAUCGUUCUCAUAUUCUCUUGAACUAUAUAGGGAAGGAGUCAUCUUGGACCCAGGAAACUACAACCUCCACUUCGGUGUGGGAAUGAUCCUGCGAAGAAUUCGUCGCAUUGAAACUGUUGACGGUAUACCCACAGAGGAAGAGGAAACGGCCAUGAGAAGGGCUGUUGAGAUUAAGAGAUGCCAUAGCAGUUUGAUAUUUCUCGCCGUUUCGCUGAGAGAGCAUGCAAAGGCACUUGCAGUCCGCAAAUGUGAUCAUCAUCGCAUCACUGAACUGAACGAAGAGUCUCUGGCCUUGUACAUAGAGGUUUAUAAAGACCCAUCUGCAGAUGGCAAGACCUUGGUGAGAUGUGGAGAUGGCUUCAUGAAACUUCUACCGCACACGAGGGACUUGCAGAAGGCUGAAGAAUGUUUCCUGAAGGCGUAUGCUUUGUGCCAAAGCAGCACCAUGGUAAAUCAUAAACUGGGGGUCUUCUACAUUGAAGGGAAGGAAGACCAUGUCUUAGCAGAGAAGUACUUGUCAGCUGCUAUCGAUAUCACAAACGGCAAUGGAAACUUUACAGCGCAUUGUACGUAUGUGAGUUUGAAGUUGGACGAUGAUCCAAUGUUUGAUGUUGCUUCUGAGUGGCAAAUCAUGCUGGAGAGAUAUCCCGACCUUUCCGAUCAGAUACACCUUCACAUUUCCCAGAUGCAAUACUUUUCCCAAUUUGACCCUGGAACAGGACUUCGUCAUGCGAAAGACACCCUUGACACCCUCCUUCAGAUGAAAACAGCUGUUCAGAAAUUUGGAUACCCCCAUCGUUUGUCACAAGAUGGGCAACGCCUGAAGGUGAAGUACCCACGCAAGAAGUUUGCCCAUAAGCAUCUCCUAAAAGGCCUCCAGUACCUUCAUGGACAGCUUCCUCAAGAACGGGUCGCGAUCGAGAACAUGAUGGAGAGGCUGAGGAAGUGGAUGGACUCCUAUGUCAAAGCUCCAGGAAAUAAUCGCCAAGAAUGAACUAAAGCCUACUUUUACUAACGCCAUAUCCCAGAAUACUACUUACUUUUUUUGGUCGUGAUUCCAAAAAGUGGUGGCUUCAGGCUACACAGGCUUCAGUUUUAUUCACGUUUUUAUACAGUAUGGGUCCAUUAUUGCUCAUUCGAUAUCACAAGAUAUCAAUUCUACGUGGAAGCUCUUAAAUAUUUCUCACCUUGAGACUUACAAUAUGAAUUGCAUUUUUACGGACAGUACUUAACAGCUUUUUUUUUAUCCUGCCUUUUACUUUCUACAUUGUAUUCUCCUGCCAAUUGCCC